AUAUAGAUUAAAUCUAGAUCUCAUAAGUACGUGAAAGUACUUAUAUGAGUGCUCUUCUAAGAGCGAAUGGAAAGAAAAUGGCCUUCAGGUUAUUAUCGUUCCUGGCAACGAAACAUCCGUAAACAAUAUGGCUGCUUCAGAGUUGAAUAGGCGAGGAUGGCAUAUAAAUGAAGAGAAAUUAUCCUCCAUGUGUGAUGGCAGCAAGGCAUCAGUUGAUAGCAUUGUUCAAAAAUUUCUUGAUAUUGACUUGCGAGAUAUUGGAGUGCAGUGUUUGAAUGAAGAAAUCAAUAGAGGCAGAGUAGAUUAUGUAGAAGGACCUCUAGUUCUACAACUUCAAAAGCUGCGUGUUGUCUCAGCAGCUAAAGAUAAUGAAGAGUCGCAGGUGGCACCUAAAUUGUGUAGGCUUUCACUAACAGAUGGCCAUGUGACCUGCUCUGCUGUGACAUUGGAACCAAUUAAAGGACUUGGAACAAAGACACCUCCAGGCAGCAAACUUCAGCUAACAGGGACAAUAGAAGUGGAGACAAAUUUUUUACUGCUAACCAACAAAAAUACAACAUUACUUGGGGGUCGAGUUGAAGGAUUGGCUUCAACUUGGGAAUUGAAAAAGUCUCUAGCUCAGCAGUCUUUGACUAGGUCAAGUGCUAGAGGUGAAGGGGGGCCUCCACCUUUUGUACCCUUUGGCAAAAAAAUACUGAACGACACAUUGCCUCCUUCCAAAAAAGAUAAUUUUAAGUCACUGAAUAACACCAAAGAAAAGAAAACCUCGGAAGAAACGAGUGAAUUUGAGCAGCAGCGCCAGGCAGCAUUAAAUGAAGCGCUUCAGGCCAAGUCUUCCAGCGGUGGAGUGAAAACAUUUGGUGGGGGCAAAGUGAUGGUCAACGACAAAGAUGUUGCUAAAAUCGCAGACAUGGGCUUUUCGGCAGAGGAAGCAACGACGGCCUUGAGGGCUUCCAAUGGAAAUUUUGGGGAUGCUUUAAAUACUUUACUUUCUGGAAAACCAAGAAAUCAGAGAGGGGGUAUGCGUGGAGGACGUGGUGGAAGGGGAGAUGGAAGACGGGGUCGAGGGAGAGAUUAUGACGAGGAUGCAGAUGUUCCUAUAAAUACUCGGCCCAGUGGCCCUGCAACAUUGUUUGAUUUUCUUGAAACUAAAAUUCCUACUAAGGAAGAGGGAAAGAAACCAUUAAGAGCUACAGAAAAUAAAACUUCUUCUUCUGGAAGCUCUACUCUAGCCAACGAGUCCAAGUCCAGCAAAGACAGUGGUGCCUACACUGGACAGCAAAUAAAGUUUCAAGAUUCCAGUUCAAAAGCUUCAUACAAAGGAAGUAACCAAGAUUCCUUCACCAAGGCUUCGUACCAGGGAAAUAGCCAAACUAGUCAAGAUUCUUACGGAAACAGGGGCGCUCAGAGUGAGGAGAGUCGCAGCCAGCAGCAAGUUGCACCUCGUUUUGCUAAGAUGGGCAGAGGAGACAACCAAAAGGAUAGAAGUGAGGGUUCUGGGAGUUAUGAGGAUGGAUCCUUUGAAAGCAAAUCAGGUGCUAUCUCUAAUCAAAGCAGGACUUCUUAUAAAGAGAACCGUCAAGAGAGUAGCAACAGAGGUCGAUCACGUGGUUAUUCAAAUGACAAUAGGUCAUCAACUUAUCAACAGGGUAAUAAAUAUAAUAACUCCCAGGGGGAACAAAAAAGUUACAAUGAUCAACGAAAUAGUGAAUACAAGAAACGUUCCUAUAACCAGGGAGGGGACUACGGUCGAAAUAAUUAUGGUGACCACAAGAACAAUUAUCCUUCAAAUAAUUUUAGCAGCCAGUCGAGCUAUGAUAGAAACUCAUCACAAAGUGAUUUCUCUGCAAAUCAGACUUCUGAUAGCAAAGAGGGCUAUGGGAAGCCCUUUAAGGGAGGAUCAAAUAAUAAGCCAGCAUUCAAUAAAACCCAGCCUGGGUUAAUGCCUGCACCUUAUCCGCACCAGUUUGCCCCAGUAGCUGGGAAACAAGGCUACAACAAUCAACAGUUCUCAAUGAAUGACAGGUACUGGCCUAAUGUUGGAGAUAAUUGCCUGGCCAAGUACUGGGAAGAUAAUGAAUACUAUCCAGCAAGCAUCAAUGCCAUCUCUUCAAAUGGAGUAACUGCAGUUGUUACUUACUUAGAGUUUGGCAACCAGGAAGAGGUUUAUAUUAAAGAUCUACAACCAUUGCAGCAACCACCUGGUUGGGGGUACCAAAUGGGCCCCCCAGUAUUGAUGCCUGGUGUGGAAACUUCUCUUCACGAUCCUUCCAGCUACCAGGGCUCGACAACAUUUGUUCCCCCAAUGGAAUUUACGAGAGGAGGUGUCAAACGAUAUGAGAAUGAUAGGAGGAAGCCUACACAGUCUUACUAUCAACCACCCAACCAAAAAUUACAUUAAUGAACUGUCUCACCUACAACUAGACCUAUAUAUAUACAUAUAUAAAUAAUAUUAGCCUAUCAAUAUAGUUCAUUUAUAGCAUUAUAUAUAAAUUAAACUAAUUUAAAAGCACCUGUUAUGUUAAAUAAAUAAAUAUGUAGACACAUGUAUAUGUAAAUAUAUAUGUACAUACAAGGCUAACAGUGUUCGCCCUUGAUCCAAAACAUUUUUGUUUUUUAGCAACUGCAAGCCAUUAUAAUAAAUAAAUGCAUGUGUUUUAUGUACAUUUAUGUAAUCAAAUGAAGCAACUAAGCAAGUUUAUUUUAUUUUAUUUCUAGUCACUAAUGUGUUGUUGUUUUUUUAUAUCAAGAGAACUUUGCACAUGAGUUAAACGUAGACAGACUUAUUAUAAUUAAUAUUACAAUGUAUGGAGAUCAAUGUAGUUGAUUAGUUUAAACCCAGACUGGCUUAUUGCCAUUUAAUACCAAUACAAUCUCUGGAGAUUAAUGUAGUUUGCUAGUUUAGUAGUAGGUUAGUUUAAACCCAGACUGACUUAUUGAUUAGCCAUUUAAUACCAAUACAGUCUAUGUAGCUGGUUAUUUUAAUGUACCAAUGUAUAAAUACUCUUUGAAUGUGUUGGUGUUAUUUGGCCACUUAACUCCUUUUAUAACAUGUUCAAUUGGCUUUGGUUUAGUUCAAGUCUUUUGUGCUCCACAUAACAGCCAUUUCUAUCAUGAUGUGAUAGCUAAAAUGUUACAGUAGUACAUAAAAUGAUUUUGAAGUUUGCACAUGAGGGGGGGGGGGUGAGGUAGUCAGUGCUUUCUUUGUGACCUUUCAGAUAGUUCAAUCUCAUUUCAAAAUCUAUUGAUCUUUGAUGCAAUUUUACAUCGAGUCUUAGCAGCUUAAAAUAAAAUUGUAAUGAUAAAAUGUUUCCCUCAUUCUUUAAAUUAGAGAAACCCCUUGAUGAAAAUAAUUGAGCAUUUAAUAUAUACUAGACAUAUAUCGCCCGCGGGUCUUAAUUAGCGUAUCACUGUCGAUAUAUCAAAUAAGCAAAUUCAGACAGUCACUGAGAGUGUUUUGUAAUCAAUUAAACGAAAUAAUAAUGUUAUAAGUAAAGUGAAUGCGUGAAUGUAAAAAAUAGUAUGAAUGAAGCUAUCAAAAUAGCUAAUCGACCUAACUCCAUUUUUUCAAGUAAAAACAUUUGCUUGUAGGCCUACAUAUAUUUGAUUAAAAUAUGAAAUGAAUAGACUUAAUUUUGUAUGUCCAUGUGUUAAAGUAUAAAGUAGAUCUUGAGUUAGACAGAUCUAGAUCUAGACUAAUCUAGAGCUAAAUAUUGGCUUGGGAGAGUUCAUUCUGCGCUGUGAGAAGGCUUUGCUCUGCGCAUGUGUGACCUUUUUUAGUACGCAAUUCAUGAAUGAACAUAUCUCAACACGGCUUCGCAGCUUUAGCGAACGAAUGUAUGAAAAAUGCUUUAGAAAAACAAAUUUGAAUGUUAAUUUGAUUAAAAUAUGAAAUUAAUGGACUAUAAUUAGUAUGUUCAGGUGUUUAAUUAUAAAACUAUCUUUGCGAAGAGAAGCUGUAUCAUCUUAGAGUGGAAUUAGAGUUUUAGACCUAGGAAUAGAGAGAUGUGGAACAUUUCGCGUAAUGUAUAAUGAAAGAAUUUUCGUCAGGAAUUCUAAAUUCGCAGAUAUAAGGAACGAAUUUAAGUAAAAAUGCAUUUGAAACACACCUUUAUUUGAAGCUUAAUUUUAUUAAAUAAGGAAAUCAAUAGACUAUAUUUUGUAUUUUCAUGUGUCAAAGUAAAAAACUAUCUGCGCAAAGUGUAGUUUCUAAAAUUAGAUCUAGAUCCUUUCAAUCUUUUCAUGUAAAUAUGGUAAACAUAGCCUAGAUCGAUGAAGUUAUGAUGCUUUCAUAGAGUUGGUCAACUUUUUUUUUUUUUUUGAGGGUCUUAAGUUUGUUUUAGGGCUACACUACGGUCUAAGCUAGUACCCAAGGAACAUUUCUGCCAAGUUUUAUCAAGAUUGGUCAAACAGUUUUGAUUUCUAUUCGUAACAUACAUACAUAUGCCUAGCUUUCUACUUUAUAUAAUAGAGUUCCUUUUUUUUUUUUUUUUUU